GUGUAUACAGUACAAAAAUUGUAGAUUAGGGUUGUAGACAAACUUAUAAAUAUGUGUAACGGCGACACAUUUCGCAAACGUGCUGAACGUCGAAACAGAGAUGACAUUCAAAGUAGCAGUUCUACUGGCCACUGUGCUAGCUAUCAGCCUCGCUGUGCCAACACCACGUCAUGAGUUCUCCGACUUCUUCAUACACGCGGAUCCUAACGCACGCAUAGUAGGGGGCAGCCAGGCGGCAGAGGGCAGUGUGCCCUACAUGGUGGCCAUGACCAGCGGCCUGAUGCUCCGCAGCUUACUCUGCGGAGGGUCACUGAUCAGCGCGCGGCACGUGCUCACCGCCGCACACUGUAUAGAUGCGGUCUACUCAAGCGGUGCUCUCAGCAGAUACCUCCGCGUGACGGUGGGCACGAACCGCUGGAACUCCGGUGGCCAGUCUUACAAUCUGUCGCGCAACGUUACCCACCCGAACUACGUCUCCACCACCAUCAAGAACGACAUCGGCAUCCUGGUGACAUCAACCAACGUCGUCUUUUCCAACCUUGUGCAGCCGGUAGUCCUCAGCUACGACCACAUUGGCGCUGGCGUCAGGUCCAAAGCUGCCGGCUGGGGAAGAACCAGACAAAGCGGUUCCAUGUCGGCAGCCCUGCAACGGUUGAUAGUGACGACGAUUGACGGGCAGCAAUGUGUCCGAGAUGUAGGGCAGCGCGCAGCCGAGCUCAACCUCCGAGCGCCGCCCGUUGAGCCCCACAUCGAGCUCUGCGUCUACCAUUCUCCCGGACACGGCAUGUGCAACGGUGACAGCGGCAGUGCUCUGGUCAUCGAGAGCAGCAGCCUCCAGAUCGGCAUUGUGUCUUGGGGGUUGCCGUGCGCGCGCGGCGCUCCCGACAUGUUCGUGCGCGUCAGCGCCUACAGGGAUUGGAUCACUCGCGCUAUGGUUAAUUACCACUUGUUUAAUGAUAAGAAUUUACAAUUACAUCGCUUCGGUGUCGCGACAACGAUGGUGUUUAAAUUUGAAGUCAUUUUACUAGUAUUAUUUGUUUCAAUUUUCGGAGCUACAUCAUACGAGUACGGCACGUCAGAUCUGUUUAUUCACGCGGAGUCCCGCGGGCGCAUUCUUGGCGGCGUGCCGGCGGACGAAGGCGCAGUCCCUUACAUCGCAGCAGUGGCCGUGGGGACCACUGUCCGUAGCUUCCUCUGCGCGGGCUCCCUGUUCACUACUAAGCAUAUCCUGACAGUCGCUCACUGUAUCACCGCCCUAUACCGCAAUGGGUCUCUUGUCAACUCUCUCAGUAUAACGGUGGGCACAAACAGCUGGAACUCUGGCGGUCAAACGUACAACAUCUCCGGUAACAUCACACAUCCGGACUUCGACCCGAAACUUGUCAUAAACGAUAUAGGAUUCCUGAUCGUCUCAACAGAUGUCGAUCUCAGUAAGAGCGUGCAGUUGAUCAUUUUGAGCUACGAGAACAUCGGAGCUGGCGUUGAAACGACAGUCGCCGGUUGGGGAAGAGUGAACAGAACGACACCUGUCUCCUCGGAGCUGCUGGAGCUGGAGAUGACGACAGUGGAAGGGCAGCAGUGUGCAAAAGAGGUGAAAGCAAAUGCCGCGAAGUUCCGAAUGCGAGUGCCACCAGUAGAGCCUCGCCUCAUGCUCUGCGCGUACCACUCGGUGAACCACGGCGUAUGCAACGGUGACAGCGGCAGUCCUUUAGUGGAAGUGAGUACUGGUAAGCAGAUCGGUCUGGUGUCGUGGGGAAUGCCGUGCGCGCUUGGGACGCCCGACAUGUUUACACGAGUCAGCGCAUAUCAAACAUGGAUCCAACAAACUAUGACUAUUUCUAAUAACACUGGAGCUGUUAAUGAAACUAAAGCAACGGAAACUUAAAUGAGGAUUUUCACUCAUAAUAAAGAACGGAGAUAUGUCUUAUUACAAUUGUU